AAAGGAAACAAACUGCAGUGAGGAAACGAGUUGACUCGAGCAAAGUACUAACUGAGAUUGAAGAAACCCGUCGGAAGGUCUGCUUUGCGAUGUCCCUUCGGACUUUUUACCUUAUUUUCUACUUAGAGAUGAGUUUAAUUUUUACGCUAGCUUGCAAUUUGCAGAGGAAUGAACACGAAAGCGAGGCCGACCAGGACAUCAUUGCCAUAGUAACUAAUGGGACCAUGCCACCAGUGAAUGGAGCUCAUAAUGCCGCCGAAAUCCUACAAAAACUUUUCAGAAACUACGACAAAAGGUUGAGACCUGACUAUGCAGGAAAGGCUCUUCUUAUAACAGUGUCUCUGGGAAUUUUGUCCAUAGGGAACAUUCGUACUGAGGACAUGGAAUUUACGCUUGAUGCGUACAUGAGGCAAAUAUGGAAAGAUACCAGGUUAGUGUUUGGUAGUAGAGACAUCGCUCUUACUUUACAACAUGAAGCACUGAACGACCUUUGGCUACCAGAUACUUACUUCGAAAACGCUGUGAAAACAUCUGUGCACCAAGAAACUCGCACCGUGGUACUUUAUGGAGAUGGCUUGAUAGUUUUCAGUCAGAGGGUAACAAUGACGGCCACAACUCUGAUGAAUUUUCGUGCCUAUCCAAUGGACACGCAAGUUUUCAGAAUGGAUAUGCUAAGCUAUGGAAGGGAUAUCAAACAGCUGCGCUAUGCAGGAAGCAACGUCAAACUCUUUAACAAAGAGAUGUCUGAAUUCAUGAUUACGAAACAAAGUGUAGAGAUGAACACCAAAGAGCUAUUUAUGGGUUGUUUUGAUGUGCUAACAAUAAAGUUCACCGCAGCAAGACGGAUUGGGUAUUACAUCAUACGUAUCUAUCUCCCUUGUAUUCUCUGUACGGUUGUCUCGUGGAUGGCAUUUUGGAUGGACCCUGCCUACAUCGGAGACCGAAGUGCAAUUGGUAUCACCUCCCUUCUCACCCAGAUAUUCCUGGUCGGAAGCAUUAAUGAGGCUAUGCCGCGCGUCAGCUAUGUGAAUGCCGCUGACCUGUUCUUGAUUGUUUCGUUUUCGUUUACGUUCUUAGCGCUCGUUGAAACUGCUGCCGUCUACAGGAAAGCUGUAUCCAUAGGACGGAUAGAGAAUGGAAUUUCCUCUGAAGAAGAAAAGAAAAAUGACAUGACAACUGCUCAAAGACUCGAGAGUAGUCAAGACGAAAGUGUAUCGUCAGAAGGCCCGACGGCAUUUCAAAAUCACGAGGAUGUUACAGCACAUGACAAUCGUCUGUGGGUGAAAUUACGCACGAAGGUCUUUGGAAAUAUGGAAAGUUUGGAAAAUCAUUUAGACAGAAUAGCUAGAGGAUUCUUUCCUGUUGGGUAUACUGUUUUCAUCACGGUAUACUUCGUAAUGUUUCUCGUUGUUCUUUGAAUUCCUUUUACCAAAUAUGUGUGAUAUAUCUUUACCUCCAUGAUGCAAUUAGGCGUAAAAGCACAAGGUUAGGCGGUGUAUGCUGUACUUGUUGAGAUCACAAUGCAUAUACCGAGGCAUUAUAACCAGUUUAUAUUCUCUUGCACUUUCAUAAUACGUACAAUUCUACGAACGCGUGAUUGGGAAGCUUGUCAAAAAAUAAGGCGGA